GACCACAUCAUUCCUCCGGUGAACUGGUAAUGACUGUGAAUGUUAUGUACCUUAAUCUAUUGAUAUUUGUAUAAACCACUCAUUGUUCCAAUGUCGGGUGAAAUAUCGCAGAAUUUUGACGGGAAAACCGAAAACUACCAUGGUAACGAGGUAGUGACGGUCAAGUUUCGUACGGAUGCGAAUGAAACACUGACGCAAGCGUUCGACCUGAAUACCGACAUCGGUGCGCUCAGGUCGCACCUGCACCGGACGCUGAACACGGACCCGAACCUCAUCGUCAUCGAACGCGGUGAAGCGGGGGGCGAAGUGUCGCGUCUGCCUCGAGAUGGGCAGACGCUCAAGGAGCUCGGAGCAACGUCACUGGGAAUUUUCGAACUACACUUGCGGGGCGACGGCAUACAGCUUCCCAAACCACCCGCUUACUACUUGCCAGCGGUGGACGUCAUCACAGUGGACGUUGACCACAGGCGACUCGUGGUGGAAAUCGAACGGUGUGGAGCUGUGGACGGCCAUAAGCGAUGGCUGGGGGGGUACCGGGACAAGCGCACCGGCAAGAUGUACUUUCAUGCGGCCGCGCAGACCGAUCCCAAGGCUGUAGCAACCGACGCGCCCGCUGUUCCCCGGACAGACGGCCGGACGCAGACUUGCAUCGACAGGGCGGUAGGCCGGUCAUCGAGCCGACCUGUGUGGACGCAGACCGACGACUACUGCGGCAGUUUCGGGUACACAGAUGGCAGAUGGGUAAUACCGAAGCGUUACCAUAGUUACGAGUCGUGGUUACGAGAAGAUCACGUCCUGAGCAGUGUGCUCAAGAUACAGCGGGCGUUCAGGAGGACUUUGGCGGCACGCGAGAGAAGGCGUAUAGCGGCUGAAGCCGAAGCGAAAACUGAUGACGAGCAACGGCGGCUGCUGAGGCAGCGGCAAUCCCGCAGCAUGACGUCGGGACCGGACGGCGGUGCGGCAGCGGCGGCGACAUCAGCUCUUGAAUCCAAGCAGCAGCACUUCUAUUCGCUGUACACGAUGAUCGGAAAGUGGUGGAAGAAGGAGCGACAGCGGAUCAAGGAAAUCGAGGCGGAGAACUCAAGGAAGGCGGCGCAGAUGAAUCUGCUCAAGAAGGAGAUCAAGUUCCUGUUGGAGGUGGAGAAGCAGCGAUCAGAGCUCAAAUACGAGCUGACCAAACACGACGACGUGACGUUCCUGAACAAGACGUCUAAGCCCAAGAUGUUCAAGAACAAAGCGGGAAAGCUUCUGACCGUGGACACGGUGGGCAACCAGAAGGCCCGAGCGCUAAAAGAGAUCUAUUCAAAAAUCGUGAUUCCGUCCGACGGCGUAGACCGGGCUGAAGCGCUCGACGAGCUGUAUGCCGCGGUGUCCGAGUCGAGUUACAAGUACAAGGAGCACUUGCUGGCGGCCGUAGCUAUGGAAAAGGGCCUGGCCGGUAUGGGUGCGGAUGCGGACAGCCUGCGAUCAGCGCGAUCCCGGGUGGAGCAGAUGUUCCGGCACUACAUCCGGCAGCCGGACGUGAACCCGGAAGCGGACUCAUACUAUCGGCCUACCGAGAAGCGUGUGCUCAACGUGUACACGUGCAUCCGGUGCAAGCGCAACCUGGCGGCCACAGACUUCUCGCUAGAGAGCCGCGUGAACCGGACCAAUGUGUGCGCAAAUUGCGAAUGGACCGAACAGGUGGGCCACAAGCGCAUCGACAUGGCCCCGUACCGACGCAUGUUGAAGGCCCUCCGGCACGACGAGAUGCAGAAGGCCGCGUACGGGUCGGAGUGUUUCUUGAUGCAGCCUACCGAGGUGUACCGGCUGGUGUCCGUCGUGUGGCGCGAGAAGUCAGCCGUCGGCGAGUCAGGUCAGCUCAAUGGGCUUCGGCUGGUCCGGUGGCGUCGUAACGAGCCCUGGUCGCCGUGGAAUUGCGUGCUGCUGACCCGGGCCGAGGCGGAGGCCCACUGCCGGCUGGACGGUGACCCGGCUGACUGCUACGACGAGCAGUUCGUCCGGUCCGUCACCAACAGGCACAUGAUGGCCCGAUUGCAGUUCGGAAAUCUGGUGCAGGCGGUCGACCAUCGGACUGCCGAUAAGGCGAAACCGCUGUCAAAACAUUGGAAAACGGUCGCCGAUCGUUUCAACAUUAAAGGCUCAUAAAUAAACGUAACCGCACGAGCGUUCGCUCUGAUCAUCUGGAUGAGUCUAUACUGAGGUUGGACCUUAACAUUUUUCAAGUAAAAUCGUAGCUUAUGGAAUUUUAACUUGACAAACUCAUGAUAUAGGGGUCAAACGUUUUAUCCAAUCAACACCCAAUACAACAUCAUACGAAUAGGUAGGUAGGUAGCACAUAAGCCCACAUUAUAGGCUAUUAUAGAGAUUUAAUUCCUAUACAAAUAUUUUUAUUUGAUUAGUUGAUGAGAUAUAAGAUAAAAACUAUUUUCAAUCCCCUUCUUAAUAUGAACAAAGAUUUAUAGAAAUUUUUUUUGGCAAUUUUGUUAUUUGAUGGUGCCAUUAACUAUCUAGCUUAGUUUUGACGUUCGCUCGAAAAUCUUUCCACCACAAAACUCAAUAUUAAUAGAUUAUUAUAUUUCUGUUGCAAGUAUUAUUACAAGUAGUAGGUGUCUAUCUAGUUUAGUUAUUCAUAUAGGUCCUUGACAUUAGUAGUCAUCAAUAUCAAGUUAAUAGAUACCUAACAGGUAGUAGAUACCUAGUAUAACAAUAUAUGAUGAUCUUCUAAGGCUGUGCCUAGUGGUUCCAUUGCUAGAUACGAUAAUUUAUUAUUUGGUAUUACAUAAUUAAUACUUAAUGCUAGUUUUUAAAAAACUGGAUACCUGUAUAACAUUUGUAUAUUUUGUAAAUCAUGAACACAUGAUUGCAAAUUGAUGGGCAAGUUAUUUUAGUGGAGAAGAUUCCUCAACUUGGAAACUUUUUAUUAUGAUUAGGCAUUUUAAUUCUUGUUGUAACAUAUUAUGGUCUAUUUUUUAUUAUUUAAUUCAAAAUUAUUUAAGUUUGGUAUGUUUUGUCAUUGUUUUUCGGCCAGCAGUAGUCUGCAUCGCAUUUUUUCAAACACUUAUUUCUCGCCUAAGUCAUACAUAAUAUUAUUAAACAAUAAACUUAUAUUCUCACAGUGGAUACUGACAGU